AUGAGAGGAAUCAAGGAGGUUGGCUUUGUCCACAGUGCUGGAUAUUGGACGAUUACUGCUGAGGAGCAGCUCUGGUCCUCCACCAUAGAUCCCACGAAGAAACUGCCAGAUAUCCUCCGAGAACUGGGCGUAAUGGGAGUCUGCAAUACAGACGAACACUGCGCCACAUUUCAGAAGGUGACACACAAGCUGGUGGUUGCUGACCACCCCAGAUGGCAUGGACAAGUUUACGAUAAUCUUGAGAAGGCAUUGUCUUUCUUUCAUGUCUGCUUGUCGGAGGAUUAUACAGAAAGUAGGAGGGGAAAGUUGAUCAACCAAUUCCUUCAACUGGCAUCUCCCUUUCCUUGUUCUCAUCCCCUCUACAUCAUUCCCAUCCAUCCUCUUCAUCUUCUCAACAACAUU